AUGGCUCCAUCAACAUUUUGGUUCAUAAAAUUGAUUAUCUUUGUUGUGCUUUUAUGCACGUUUGUUCAAUUCAUCAGCACGCAACCACUACUUGAUGAUGAUGACGAAGAUCAAACACAACUUGAUAGUCCAUUUUUCAACAAUUAUGUUAUUGCUUCUGGUCGAAUUCCUAAUAAUAUUCAUCAUAAAUUGAAUAUUCCUCAAUAUUUAUAUGAUGAUCAUGAACAAAACAAAUUAUUUCAUCAAAAUAAACAAUAUUAUCCUGACAGUGAUCAAUUCGUCAAACGUAUUAUUAUGUUACCACGUGUUGGCCGUCGUUCAAUUUGA